AUGGGCGGCGUACUGGCGAAGGUUUUCGCUGGUGUGACGGAAGGUCUGAGCGUCGAACGGAUAAGAGGGAAUCACGACGCGCAGGAGCCGGGGGAAAAUGCUCGCGGGGAAAUGGCUGGCGGAAGGGUGGAGGCGGAAGACAGCGGGGGGAAGGUGGAGGGGAGUGGGGGAGAGAUGGCGGUGGCGGAGGAGUGGGGGGAGCUGUGGAAGGGGUGUGGCGGAGGGGAGGGCGGGGAAGUGGGGGGCGAGACAGAGGAGAUGGACUGGGCGGGGGAUGGAUGGCUGGCGGAUACUCAGAUCGUGGGGGAGGACGAGGAGACGCAGGUGUAUGGUUAUGGUGGGAGUUGGAGCCCUAGUAAAUGUGGGAAUGAAAAGGAAAAGGAAAAGGAAUUUGAUUUGAGUUUGGUUGUUGCUAGGGGGGGACCAGAGAAGGUGACAGGGAAAGGGUUAGCGAGGGGUGGAGGACAGGCGGAGGGCGAGCUGGGGGAAAGAUUAGAGCAGGGGCGAGGGGAGGAGAGGCAAGAGGGAGAGAGGCGAGAGGGAGAGAGGCGAGAAGCGGAGAGGGGAGAUGAGGAGAGACGAGAAGCAGGAAAGAAGCAAGAGGAGGGGGAACGGAAAGAGGAAACGGAAGUGGAAGGGGUAGAGCAGAGGGGAGGAGAGGAGGAGACAGAUAAGGGGGUGAACCGAGAAAAGGGUGGGAAGCAAGGAGAGGAGGGGCAGGAAGAGGAGGAAGAAUCACCUGUGAGCUUCAAAGGCAGAGGUAGGGGAGGAGGGAAGGGAAGAGGGCGAGGGAGAGGCGGAAGGAGGGGCGGGGGACGCGGAAGUGGCAAGGGGAGGAGUUUAGAAAGGGUUGUGCUCGGGACGGGGAAGGCGGUUGUGGAGGGCGGGGAGGAGGAAGCAGCAGCAGGCGAGGACACGCAGGUGGACGCCCUCGGUAUAGUCACGCGCCUGCUGGGCUCCGACAGCCAGCACAGCAGCGACGUGCUUCUACCGGGCGGUGCACUGGGCGGGCUGCUGCUGGGGGGAAUGGGCGGAGGCAUGGGGGGAGCGGCUGGGGGCGAGAAGGGGGGUAACAGCAAGGGCAGUGGGGCAGGAGGUACGAGCAAAGGAAGGGAGGUACCCAGCUGGGCUAACUGGCUCAAGCCGGUGGGGAAGGCAGGAGGAGGGACGGUGGCUGACGGGCACGUGGGUGUUUCCGGUGUGCAGCAGCCGUUGAAGGCUGUUCUGAGGGAGGAUGGGGUGGACCCGUACGCGCUUCCUUACAGUGAGGACCCGGACGAGGGGGGGUGUUGGGGCAAGGGCGGAGUGGGUGAGGCGGAGAGGGGGGCGGAAGGAGGGAAGGCUAGUGGAGGGCGGAAGGGAGGGGAUAAGGGAGAUGGGGUGGAGGAAGAGGAGUUGGAAGAGGAGGAAGAAGCUCGAAAAGUGAAGGGGAAGAGGACGCGUGGAAGUGCAAGAGGUAAGGGAAGAGGAGGAGGAAGAGGGAGAGGAGGGAGAGGAGAGGGGAAGACAAAGGGGAGGGGCAAAGGGGCGAAAGGGGCAGGUAGCGAAGAGGGUAUAGAAGAAGAGAAAGGGGAGGAAGAGGAGGCGGAGGGGAUGGGGCAGAAGGGCAGAGGGGGGAAGAAUGGCAGGUCAGGGACGGGCGGGCGUGGGGCAGCUGAGUCAGCUGCAGGAGGAGGAGGAAGAGGAGGAGGAGAGGAGGGGGAGAGAAGACGGUUGUCAAAGUCUUGGAGAGCAGGAGAGGGCGUUGGAGGAGAGGAGAAGGAGAAAGGGGUGCCGCAGAUAGAGGAGAGGGAUGAGAGCGAGGAGAGAGCUGGGAUGGAAGAGAAAGCAGUGGGAGCGCAAGAGGGCGAAGUUCCUCCUGAAGGUGAGGAGACAGGGCUGCAACAUCCGAGGUUGGGGGAGUCUGCUCCCUUGGAAAGCCAGGAAGGAGGACCGCUGAACCCAAGCCUGGGCGAAGCAGCUGGUGUGGAGAAUGCGGGUCUGAGCGAGCCAGUUCCUGUGGGAGCAGCAGGCGGGCAGGUGCAGGGAUCAGAAAACGCGGACGGUAUGCCCUUUGAUUCCCAGGCGGUUUGGAUGGACUCGCAAGCGGUGGAGAUGGGUGCGGGGGGGAGCCUGGGCGUGCAGGUGAGCCUGGGGGAGGUGUUAACUGCGGAUCUGGAGAUGUCCCAGCGGUGGACGGAGGGGGGAGGGGGCGGAGGAGGGAGUGAGGAGGGGGGUGAGAGGGUGGAGGAGAAGGAGGGAGGGGAUGAAAGGAAGGUUGAUGGGGAUGAGGGCAAAGGUGGAAAGGAGGGCAAGGAUGGUGGGGAGGGGAAAGAGGAUGGUGAAGAGAGGGGCAAGGGUAGAGAGGCGAGGGGCAACGUGAGUGGGAAGUCGGAUGCAGGUUUGGCUUCAGUGGAAAGCGGGGAAGGUGAUGGAGUGAAUAAGGACGGGGAAGAGGAAGGAGGGAGGGGAAAUAGUGAGAGGGAGGUGAAGAGAAGGCGAGUGGGGAGUGGUUUGAGCACUGAAGGAGUGGAAGGAGGGGGAAGAGGGAGGAAAAGUCCAGAGGUAGAGGGAGCAGGGGAGGCAACAGAGGCGGGGGGAGAAGCAGAGGCCGGGGGAGCAGCAGAGGCCGGGGGAGCAGCAGAGGCCGGGGGAGCAGCAGAGGCCGGGGGAGCAGCAGAGGCCGGGGGAGCAGCAGAGGCCGGGGGAGCAGCAGAGGCCGGGGGAGCAGCAGAGGUUGGGGGAGCAGCAGAGGCCAGGGGAGAAGCAGAGGCCGGGGGAGCAGCAGAGGCCGGGGGAGCAGCAGAGGCCGGGGGAGCAGCGGGGACAAAGGCGUCAGCAGAGGCAGGAAAGGAAACUGAGGAAGGGGGAACAGUAGGAGCAAGCGCGAGAGCAGCGGGGGCAGCCAGGACUGAAGCAGCUGCAGUGGGUGGUAUGGCUGGUGAUAUUGCUUGUGCGUUCUCCCCCGUGGGUGAAGACACACAGAUUGCCCUUGACGCUCUUGACCUCAUUCUCGUGCAGGAGGAGGGGAUGGGGGAGGAGGAGAAGGGGGAGGGGGAGGGGAAGGUUGAGGAAGCAGAGGAGGGCGGGAGAGGGAAGAGGAGAGCAGCUGGGAGAGGCAAGGGAAGAGGAAAGGGGAGAGGGCAAGGGAGAGGCGUGGGGAGAGGGAAUGGAAGAGGGAAGGGAGGAAGAAGAGGGGUAGUGCGGGAGGAAAGCAAGAGUGAAGCAGGUGAGUUGAGUGCUGUGGCAUCAGUGGCAGAGGUGGAAGGGCUGGUGGGACUGGAAAGAGCAGUGGAGGAGGAAGGGGAGCAGGGAGGGGGAGGUGCAACAGUGGAAGAAGGGAAAAAGGGUGGAAAGGAGGUGGAUGGGGAAGGGGAGCAGAGCAGGGCGACUGGGUUGGAAUCAGGCGGGGGAAGAAUGGACGCCCCUUCUGCUGCUGCUUCUGCUCCAGCAACAGGCGUAGACGCCCCUUCGGCUGCUGCUGUUCCAGCACCAGGCGUCUCUACAGCUGCCGCAACAGCAACAGUCGCCACUGCUUCUGCCACCAGGACCAGGGGAGGCAGGCGAGCAGCAGGCAGCAGUCGAAUGACCCAAGGGUUGGUGGCCUGCCAGGUGAAGCGAGCGGUUAAGAGGGGGGAUGGUGGUCUGAACGACGGGGCCGUAGCAGAGGGGAAUGGCGGGGAGAGAGGAGAGGGAGGGUGCAAGAAGGGAGAUCGCGGAAGGGGGGAGGAGGAGGAUGGAGAAGGGGAGGGGGCGGUGGGGAACCGGGGGAAGAAAGUAAAGGGGAAGCCAGAGGGGAAGGAAGGGAGGAAGCACGAGGGGAAGGAGGGGAGGAAAUUAAAGGUGGAGAAGGGAGGGAAGAAACAAGUGCGGAAAGAGGGGAAGAAGCAAGAGGGGAAGGAAGUGAAGAAUCAAGAGGGGCAGGUGGCAGUUGCUGGUGGUGAUAGUGUGAGUGGGAGGAAGAGGAGAAAGACGUCUCUCGGGCUGCAUGAUGGCUUCUAUGAGCUUUUGGAGUCGAGUGAGAGUGAGAAAGGGAGUGAUAAAGGGACUGAGAAAGGGAGUGAGGAAGAGAGUAAGAAAGGGAGUGAGGAAGGGAGUGAGAAGGGGGGUGAUUCUGCGAGUGAUGUGGGGAGUGAUGAGAGUGAGGAGGAAGAUGAGGCAAAGGCGAGGAAAAGGCAGAAAGGCUCGACUGCUGGAGGCAAGCAGAUGAGGAAGAAAGGCGAGAAGGCGAGGGAUAGGGAGGUGGAGCAGAGGGGGUCAGAGAGGGUACAGGGAGGUAGAGAGAGGCAGCAGAGGGGAAAGGCAAAGGCGGAACGCAAGGCACGCGCGGAGAGCAAGGCACGGGCAAGUGCGCAGAGAUUGGAGGAGCUGAGUGGGGCAAAGGCACGGACGGGGAGUAAGAGUGAAGGGAGUGAGGAGGAGGAGGGGCAGGCAGAGCUGAAAGAGAGUAAGCGGAAGGGGAGAGUGGAGCAGGGGAAGGGAGUGGUGGAAAGUGAAGGAACCGGGGGGGAUGAUGCGUCCAGGGUAGGGAGGAGCACGAGGGGCAGGCGCCAGGGAGGCCAGAGAGUGUUGGCAACAGAAGGGGAUGGGGUGGAGCAGAAGAAAGCGAGUGGUUGUAAAGAAGAAAUUGGAGGAGAAAGGGAAGGAGAGCAGAGAGAUAGAGAGGGGCAGGAAUGGGUCGAGGAAGUCGGAUUUCCAGGGAGGGCGAGAAGAAGACGGAGCAGCAGCGGUGCAGCAGGGUCUCAUCGCACCGGGUUGCAUGGUUUGUCUCCAGUGCGGGUACUGUUCAGCCGAUCCCUGGACGGCGACAUGAUCGCUGAGCUGACGAAAGUAGUGGAGAGGCUGGGAGGAGACGUUGUGUCUGAUACCUCCCCUGCCACCAUCACCACUGCCUCUGCGCUCUCCUCCUCCUCCUCAUCCUCCUCUCCUGUGGUUGCUUCUGCUGCCCCUGCUGCUUCCAUCUGCACUCAUUUUGUCUCGGCGCCGCAAAUCACCCGCUCGAUUAAUCUCCUCGUUGCUAUCUCCAGGGGCUGCCAUGUGUGCACUGCUGAUUGGCUGCAUGCGUGUGCGAAGGCACGGGGGUUUGUGGAUGCGGGGGAGUAUGGAGUGAGGGACAGGCGGAAGGAGAGGGAGAUGGGGUUCAAGCUGGGGGAGGCGGUGGGGAGGGCGAGGGAGAGAGGGGUGCUGGAGGGGCAGAGGGUGUUUGUUACGCCCAACACCACGCCCGAUGCUCACUCCCUUGCUGCUGUUGCAGCUGCAGCUGGUGCUGAGUCUCUGCUCUCUCCUGCCUUCUCAGACGUGCUCGCCUCCUCGCCUGCUGCUCUCCCCUCUCUUCACAUCUCCAGGUGA